AACCAUGCUCAAGCCUUUUUUCCCUUUCUCUUCCCCUCCAGAGGGUACAUGUACGCAGGCCUGGAGUUCGGAGCGGAGUGCUACUGCGGUCACAAGAUCCAGGCUCCCAAUGUUUCGGACAGCGAAUGCAAUAUGGAGUGUAAAGGAGAGAAGAGCAACCUGUGCGGAGGAGCCAACCGACUGUCCAUCUACAGGCUGGAGCUGAGCCAGGAGUCUGCGCGCCGCUAUGGCAGCUCCAUUUUUAAGGGGUGUUUUCACAGGCCGGACAAUGUCACUCUGGCACUUCCCAUCAGCGCAGUCAUCCAAAACAUGUCUGUGGACAAAUGUGUGGACAUGUGCACGGAGAGGGAGAAAACGCUGGCCGUCCUGGGGGGUGAUCGAUGUCACUGCGGCUUUCCGACCCCUCUCUUCUCGCUUCAUGAGCCUGAGGACGAGAGUCUGUGUCUCCACCACUGCCUCGGGGAAGAAUUUGAGACCUGUGGGAAUGAAGAGUACUUUGUGGUGUACCAGACGCAGGUUCAAGGUAACAUAUGGUGUCUCAAAGGCCUAUAUAAAGGGCCCAUAGGACAAAGAGACAUGUCAGGAUGCAUCAUCAAUUAA